AAACAAAUGUUGCGUUCAAAACCAAUGAAGGUAACGUGCAUUUCUCUUCUUAAAAGCUGCAAAUCCCUGUCUCAGUUGAAGCAAAUUCAUGCCCACAUAUUCGGCGUGGGUCUGCAACAAGAUAGACACACCCUCAACAAGCUCAUGGCUGUUUCUAUGGACUCAUCAGUAGGGGAUUUUAACUAUGCAAACAGAAUCUUCGACUGUAUUCAUGACCCCGCUUUGUUUGUCUACAACCUUAUGAUCAAGGCUUUUGUGAAAAGGGGUAGUUUUAGAAGGGCUGUUUCUCUUUUUAAGCAAUUGAGGGAACAUGGGGAGUGGCCUGAUAACUACACCUACCCUUUUGUAUUAAAGGGUAUUGGUUGCAUUGGAGAGGUCAGUGAGGGGGAAAAGGUUCAUGCUUUUGUGAUUAAGACUGGCCUUGAUUUUGACCCUUAUGUGUGUAACUCUUUGAUGGAUAUGUAUGCUGAGUUGGGUCUAGUUCAGGGGUUCAAACAGGUGUUUGAGGAAAUGCCUCAGAGGGAUAAGGUUUCUUGGAACAUCAUGAUUUCGGGUUAUGUCAGGUGUAGGAGAUUCCAGGAGGCCAUUGAUGUUUUCCUGCGAAUGCAAAUGGAAGGCAAUGAGAGGCCAAGUGAAGCCACAGUGGUGAGCACUCUGUCUGCGUGUGCGGCGUUGAGAAAUGUGGAUCUUGGUAAGGAAAUCCAUGGCUACAUUGUGAAUGAACUGGGCUUUACUACUAUAAUGGGGAAUGCAUUGUUAGACAUGUAUUGUAAGUGUGGAUGUGUGAGUGUGGCCCGGGAGAUUUUCGGUGGGAUGACUACGAAGAAUGUCAAUUGCUGGACCAGUAUGGUUACUGGGUAUGUGAAUUGUGGUCAGUUGGAUCAAGCUCGGGAUUUGUUUGAGAGAAGUCCAACUCGGGAUAUUGUUCUUUGGACAGCUAUGAUUAAUGGGUAUGUGCAGUUUAAUCGUUUUGAAGAGGCAGUUGUGUUAUUUGGGAGGAUGCAAAUCAGAGGGGUGAAACCGGAUAAGUUCAUUGUGGUUACUCUCCUUACGGGGUGUGCUCAAUCUGGAACUCUGGAGCAAGGCAAGUGGAUUCAUAAUUACAUUGAUGAAAACAGAAUCACGGUGGAUGCUGUGGUUGGUACUGCCCUUAUUGAAAUGUAUGCUAAAUGUGGUUGCAUAGAGAAAUCUCUGGAGAUUUUUAAUGGAUUAAAGGAAAAGGAUACUGCCUCGUGGACUUCAAUUAUUUGUGGACUGGCCAUGAAUGGUAAGACAAGCAAAGCACUUGAGUUAUUUGGAGCAAUGGAAACAUUUGGAUUAAAACCUGAUGAUGUUACCUUUAUUGCUGUUCUGAGUGCAUGUAGUCAUGCAGGGUUGGUUGAAGAAGGCCGCAAGUUAUUUCAUUCCAUGUCGAGUAUAUAUCAUAUUGAGCCAAAUUUGGAGCACUAUGGAUGUUUCAUUGACCUUCUUGGUCGAGCAGGACUGUUACAUGAGGCAGAGGAGUUGAUAAGGAAGUUGCCAAAUCAAAAUGAUGAGAUAAUAGUUCCACUGUAUGGAGCUUUGCUAAGUGCCUGCAGAAUUUAUGGCAAUAUCAAUAUGGGUGAAAGACUUGCUACAACACUAGAAAAAGUUAAAUCUACUGAUUCAAGUCUUCAUACACUUCUUGCAAGUAUUUAUGCUUCUGCUGACAGAUGGGAAGAUGUGAGCAAGGUUAGAAGUAAGAUGAAAGACUUGGGAAUAAGAAAGGUGCCAGGAUGUAGUGCCAUUGGGUGAAUGGCAGAGGUUGAGUGGGGACCAUUUCCCAUUUUCAAACCGAGAUUGGUCUGCCUACACGGGAUAGGUAAUCAGCUACUGAUUUUGCAAUCUUUUAAUCUGUAUCAUUGAUCUUUUGACUGGUAAACACAAUAAAGCAGUUUCAUAUUGAAUAUGUUAUUUGGACCAGGACACAACUCUGCAAUUGUAUAAACUUUGCCUGCAAUCCCCGAAUGAGGGAUGUUGUGUGUUUAUGGACUAUGGAGCAAAACAAUUGGCUACUAUCUAUUGGGGGUGAAUGGAGAACUCAAACAAUGCCUCAUGUCUUACUCCUUGGAGAAUCUAGGAGAAAGUAACAGAUUUGAUCAUCAACUCCUAUUAUUUUAUACUUCACUUUUUUGCAUGGACAAAGCUUAUCGCCAAUUAUUAGCACACAGGCUUUGCAAAUAUUAUCCUCAUUUCCUCUUUGGGAUUAUCACAGACAGUCCCUCGUGUCUUCCCUCUUCAUUCAGAAUUUCAGGUUAUUUUCAGGGUGUGUCAGGUAUGUUUUCUUCAUCCUUUCUGCUGCUUAAGGGGUGUGCUCUAUUCAGCCAAACUUAACAGAUAUAAAUAAAAAAUAAGGGAUCAAAUUUAGUUGAAUUAUAAGAAUUUCAUUCCCUCUUUUCUGUAUCUAUAUGAACUUCUAUUGUAAUGAUGCUUGCAAUGACCAAAUGUAUAAAUUAUUGAAUCAACAUGAAUAUGUAUGUUUACAGGAUUUUUAUACUUAGAAAGUUAGCAAAGUAUGUCAAAGCAGAAAGUAACUUCCCUUUUUAACCAAUGUUUUAAAGUCGAUUGUAUUCAUAGAAUGAUUAGUUCAAUUCUGCUUCAAAAAUGGAAAUUUUAAGCAUCUCUCUUGAAAAGUCAAUUGGACUCUGUAGGAUGAGGCAUUUGUCUAGAUAAUUUACUCCCCAAGUUUCAGCAUACUCCCUCUCUCUAAAAAUUACAAAUCUGUAUUUCAUCUGAGAUAUCAUGCCCAAGUUUCUCAAAAUUGAGUUUCAAGGUUGGAUUGGAGGAGGGUUGUUGGAUUGUAGGAGCGAUGGAUCAUAACACAACUCAUAAGAGUCAACUAAAAUACUAAAUUAUAUUUAAACACACA